CGCGUUCGCGCGUUUUUCAGGGGCGGAGCUUUGGCGCAUCAUGGCGGCUGGCCAGGCUCAGGCUCCUAGCUCCGAGCAAGCCUGGCUUGAAGCUGCCCAGACCUUCAUCCAAGAGAGCCUUUGUCCAACUGGCAAGGGACCUAAUGUCCAGUUCACUCAGUCAGUGAUUGACUGUGUGAAGACUGUUUGGUUGUCCCAGGGGAAGAACCAAGGUUUUACACUGCCCCUCAGCUACAGCUUUGUCUCAGUACAGAACCUCAGGACCUAUCAGCGUCUCCCAUGCUGCAGCCAUCUGUCCUGGAGCAGCAUUGCAUACCAGACAUGGGCCCCAGAGGCUAGGCCAAAUGGGGUCCCUCUUCCCCGGGAGCGACUGUUACUUGUAGGAACAUUAACAGACCUAUCAGAGGACUUGGAACAAGGAUGCAGGAAUGGAAGCCUCUAUGUGAGAGAUAACACUGGUAGCCUGGGCUGUGAGCUCAUAGACCUGGACCUUUCUUGGUUGGGCCAUCUCUUCCUGUUCCCCAGUUGGAGUUACCUCCCUCCUGCCAGGUGGAAUUCCUCAAAGGAAGGGCACUUGGAGCUCUGGGAAGCUCCUGUACCAGUAUUUCCUUUGACUAUCAGUCCUGGCCCUCUCACACCCAUCCCUGUCUUGUACCCACAGAUUGCAUCCUGCCUGCUCAGGCAUAGAAGCAAGCUCAGAGGUGAGAAGCAAAAUCUGGCCGGGAAGCUGAUUCGAUUGAGUGCUGUGGUGAAAAGUAAAAAGAAAGCAUACUUUAUCCUCUCUCUUGGUGAAUUAUCCCCAACUGUUAGCCAAGCCAUCAACCAUGUGUCCAUUAUCGUCCAGAUCCCUGCCCAGCUGGUGUGGCACCGUGCUCUUUGGCCUGGUAAGGCCUAUGUACUGACACAACUGCGAGUAUCCAGGAUCCCUGGUUACCAUUACUGUGUUUGGAUGACCAGUUCCUCCUCCCAUCUGAUGCUGCUGGAACCAGGACGUGUACAAGAGCUGGAGCUGGAAGGACCCUUCUUGGAGGUUGAUUCCAAAUCACUUCCCACAUCCAGCAACUUCCAGGACAAGAAGGGACCAAAAGGUCUUAUGCGGGAUUCUAGACUCUUAAAUUAUACGGGAAUAGUCACUGGUGUGUUGAAUGAGCCUGCUGGCCUCUAUGAGCUGGAUGGGCAGCUAGGGCUCUGCCUUGCAUAUCAACAGUUCCGUGCCCUCAGGCGGGUGAUGCGACCAGGGGUCCGCCUGGAGCUCCAGGAUGUUCACCUCCUCCAGUCGGUGGGUGGAGGGACAACAAGACCAGUGCUAGCAUCCUGCCUCCGUGGAGCUAUCCUGCUUCGGGGUUUUUCCUGUCAGAAGCCUGGAAGACAGUCGUCCCACCAAGCUCAUGGGGCUUCCCUGUAUGAGCAGUUGGUGUGGGAAUGGCAGUUAGGUCUUCCCCUCUACCUGUGGGCUGUCAAGGCCCUGGAGGAGCUGGCCAGCAAGCUAUGUCCCCACUUGUUAAGACACAAGCAGUUCCUGCAGCAUUCCUCUCCUGGAAACCCCAGUCUGGGAUUACAACUCCUGGCUCCCACCCUGGAUGCUCUAGCUCCGUCCAGCAGAUCCAUUCGGAAUGCACAUACAGAGAUCCUUGAAGAGCCACAUCACUGUCCCCUCCAGAAAUAUGCUCGGCUGCAGAUUCCCUACUCUUUCCCAGCUCUGGACACUCUGGAAAAGGAAGGACAGUGUAGGGCUUGGGCCUCCUUUGACCCAAAGAUACUUCUGCCUCUCCCAGAGGCUGCCCACCUGUCCACAUGCCAACUCAAUAACCGCCUGGCCUGGUCCUGGUUCUGUCUGCUGCCUUCUGCCUUCCACCCAGCCAAGGCUUUAGUUGGGGUUCUGGUGGCUUCAUCUCAUAAAGGUUGUCUGCAACUUCGGGACCGAAGUGGUUCCCUCUCCUGCCUGCUCCUGGCCAAGCACUCACAACCCCUCACUGACCCACAGCUUGUAGGCUGCCUAAUACGGACAGAGAAGUUCCAGUUGGUGGUAGAGAGGGACGUCAGAAGCAACUUCCCUUCCUGGAAGGAGCUAGGCAUGACUGGUUUCAUCCAGAAACAACAGUCCAGAGUCUACGUCCAGUUCUUUCUGGAGGAUGCCCUGAUCCUUCCUGUGCCCAGAUCCUUUCAUCACUCCUCAGCACUUCCUCAGACAGAGUCUACCGGCAUAGAGGGACCCCACAUAGGACAGAGCCGACUAUUCUUGCUGUCCCACAAAGAGGCCCUCAUGAAGCGGAAUUUUUGUGCCUCCUCAGGAGCCACCUCAGGGUUGCUCAAGCCCACCCUCAGUUUCCAUGUAUCAGGUUGUUGGCUUGGGGGCACCCAGAGGAAGGAGGGGACUGGAUGGGGCCCGCCUGAGCCCCUGACAGAUGAGAGCAAGGAUCAGAAGGUUCUUCUCAUCUUUCUUGGCUCUUCGGUCCGCUGGUUUGAGUUUUUGCACCCAGGGCAGGUUUACCGACUUGUGGCCCCUGGCCCUGCUACACCAAAGUUGUUCGAGGUGGAAGGGUCAUCCUGCACAUCUCAGCGUCCUCUGGAGUUGGCUGGCUGUGUGUCCUGCCUCACCGUCCAGGAUGAGUGGACCCUGGAGCUUGAGAGCUCUCCAGAUGUUCUGGGAAUACCCAAAGCAUUGCCUGAAUCCUCGCUGACCAACUUGCUUAGUGUCAACCUCACUGAUUCCUUGGUGUCUUUCUCAGCUACGAUUUUGUCACGGAUAAUGUGUGAGUCACUUCAGCCCCUUUGUCACGCAAAGCCUGGGAACACUGAGGAUGUAAGAAGGUGUGUGAAGCUAACUGUAUCUAUAGAGACUGUUGACUCCGAAUUCCCCCCUCUCCUGGACAUAUAUAUCGAAGACCCACACUUGCCUCCCCCACUAGGACUUCUUCCAGGAGCUCGAGUCUACUUUUAUCAACUGGAGAAAAGGGUUUCCAGAUCCCACAAUGUUUAUUGUUGCUUCCGGUCAUCCACUUACGUGCAGGUCCUGAGUUUUCCCCCGGAGACCACAGUCAGUGCUCCACUACCUCACAUCUACCUGGCUGAACUUCGGCAGAGUAGCUGGGGCCCAUUCCAGGCCACUGCCUCUUGCCAUGUUGUUUCUGUUGUCAGCCUCCAGCUCCGGUGGGUGUGUGCUCAUUGUACCAGUGUCUGCCCCCAGGGAAAGUGCCUUCGUCAGGGUCCCGCUUGCUUCACUCAGACGUCUAUAAGCCAAGCCAGCAUCAGGCUUCUGGUAGAGGAUGGGACUGCUGAAGCUAUGGUUACCUGUACAGAUUAUCAUGUGGCAGCAGCACUAGGGUUGUGUGCUAAUGAGUGGUCCUCCCUCCUAGAGUUUGUCCGAAAGCCAGGGAGAGUAGUCUUGCAAUUUAUGGAACCUGGAGCCCAGCUAGAGUCUUCAGCUAAGACUGAGGAUCCUUUGACACUCUACCUCCACACACUUUGUACCAGCCCCUCUGUCCUCCGCCCCAUUGUGCUUUCUUUUGAGCUUGAGAGGAAACCCUCUAAUAUUACUCCAUUAGAACCUCCUCGGCUACAGCGGUUCCAAUGUGGAGAGCCUCUCCUGACUCGGGUGAAUCCCAGGCUCCGACUGGCCUGUCUUUCUAUCCAGGAGUCAGAGUACCCCAUCUCCUUGGGGGCCUUUGCUUCCUCUUGUUAACCUGAACUACAAGAAUCAUCAGAAAAUUCUUCCUUAGGGAAGGAUUCAGGCCUUUUUCCUCCUGGAGUGGUUGUGGCCACUCCCCACAUUCUUGGAUUCACCAGCUGCUACCCCACUGUAAUUUCUUUUAUUCUGGUGCCAGCCUGUCUCAGGAACAUUGUGGGAACAGCAAAUCCUGCGCUGUUGAUAUUUCCUUUGCUUGGGAGUCAAGGCAUCUGCACUCACAGGUGGACCUAAGCAUUUUGAUCUUCCUUUGUGGCAGGAACUAGAGGAACAAAAAAGGCUUGCUCCUUGUGAGGAUGUUGUGAUAGGUCCUUUGACCUGCAAUAAAGCACUCUGGGGACAUUUCUCAUUUA